AUGCGUAUUGAACGGGAUCAGCUCAAUGGAAGUGAUGUCACCAUGCGCUCGGUGUGUCUUGAAUUCUUCCCUGCACAACACACAGAGGAAGUUGUGUUGGAAUGCUCAGUGUCGGAGGAGCUUUGGACAGAGCUUCGAGAUCUUGUUCGGGAGGCGACUCCCCCACAGCUUGAAGGUUCGAGCCCUUUCGAUGUCGCGCAACUAGCGGGCCAGCCAUAUCACGCGACAUUGAAAGAGCAUCCACAGCCUGCCAGGAAGUACAUAUUGCAUGAUGUGCAGUGUGGAGAUUUCAAGAUUGGUGUGUGGUGCAAGCUCAGCAGUGCAUCCUUGCCCAGCUUCUAUGGUGCAAUGCUGAAAGUGAGCAGCUUUUCGCACACACUUGAGAUCGGGGGCGCUCGGAUCAAGCUUCCCAGACAACGCUUCUUUAGCAGCGCGCGCCCUUUUGAGGGCUCGCUUGAGGCACUUGCAAACAUUUUGCUCGAGAAGUACAAGCCUUUCAUCUCGAAGUCCUGGCGUUCCAUACUCAACAACUCGAACGUGGUCUUGGGAGGCUUCUUCAGUCGCUAUACCUGGGCCCCGCGACAGCGUACUGUUGAAUUGCCGAAGCCCUCCUCCAUGCUGUAUCUCCAGAAUGGCGCCGUCAAGUUGCGAGAGGAAGCUGCGAGAUCUAUGAAAGUGGAAACAGGCCCGUACCGUCUGGAUGAGAGCGGCUUUGAAUCUGCAUUGCGGAGCCGCAGCAAGAAGCAGGUGGAGCUCUUUGUAAGGGAGCUGACGGAAAUGCUGGGCGCACGAGUGCGUGACAGUCGCCGCCUAGCACAAUAUUGCGAGUCGUUACUAGGUGCCAGAGAGACCAGCCUAGACCAGGUGGUGGAGUUCCUUACUGGUGAAGGCCAGUCCACGGGAAUCCUUGAUGCCAAUCCACGUGGGGUACCGUUUGUUUGA